UCCCCUCAGCCCCUAGCUGCUGGCACCAAGGCUCACUAACAGCAAACAGAAUGGCCUUUCACUCUGUGCUUUUUGUUUUCUUAGCUGGACUGGUAUUUUUCUCUGAAGCUGCACCACUGGUGUCCCAUGGCUCUGUUGAUUCCAAAUGCCCUCUCAUGGUGAAAGUGCUGGAUGCAGUCAGAGGAAGUCCUGCAGCUAACGUAGCUGUGAAAGUCUUUAAAAAGGCUGCAGAUGGAAGCUGGCAGGACUUUGCUACUGGGAAAACCACAGAGUAUGGGGAGAUCCAUGAGCUCACAACAGAAGAGCAGUUUGUAGAAGGAGUAUACAGGGUAGAGUUUGACACCAGCUCUUACUGGAAGGGACUCGGCCUUUCCCCAUUCCAUGAAUAUGCUGAUGUGGUGUUCACUGCUAAUGAUUCCGGCCACCGCCACUAUACCAUUGCCGCUCUCCUCAGUCCUUUCUCUUAUUCAACUACUGCUGUUGUCAGUGAUCCCCAGGAAUAAACAUGUACUGUCAUUACACAAAUACCCUCCUCUGCUAGAACUAUCGUAGGCUUUUAGGAGGAAGGUUUUUCCUAUUGCUAAUGCAUAACUUUUUGCUACAUUAGGUUUUUUUUCCAUUUUGUAACCUGGCAAACUUCAGAGAAGUCAAUAAAUGUUACUUCUUUAAAACA